AUGCAAUCGCGCUCCUGUGCGAGCACUGCCGCCGUAUUCUCCCGCGGCUUCGUCCUGCAAACUCGUCCUCGCAUCCAUCUUCAGGUAGCAAAGCCAACCUCGAUCGCGCACAGACACUUCCACGCUCGUCCUAUCCCGAGAGUGCUUCACAGCCUGACCGCACUAGCAUCCGUUCCCACCGCCCCACCCAACCACGCCAUCAUGCCCUCGGCGGACCGCGCUCUGCCUGGCGGCGGGCCGGCGCCCCUGAUCACCCUCAAGACCCACCCUCCGCUGCCGGCGUUCAGCAUCCCCCACCGCGUCCCCGACCCGUCCGCCGACAUCUCGUCGUUCAAGCUAUCCAUCCUCCGCAUCCUCACCGGCCAGACCAAUGCACAGUCGUCCACCAAGCCGCUCACCUUCUCGGAAGAGGUCAAGGAAAAGGCGAUCAAUGGCUGGAAGAUGCAGAUGCUCACCCUCGAGCUCAGGCAGCGCGACGACCUCGAAGCCGAAGACCCCGAUGCGGAAGACGAGGACCCGACCGAGAUGCGCGGCUUCGAGCUUCAGGACCACCACGAGUGCAGCUUAAUCGAGGAGGGCGACCAGAUUGUCGUCCGACUCAAACCGGCCCAUACGCUCCAGGAGCUCGAGCUGCCAAAGCUGCCAGAGGCACAUCGAUACUCGGCUCCGACUGGAUCGCUCACGAGGGCGGGCACGCUCUCUGAACCGCCGCCCUACUCGAUCAUCCAGCCUUCGGAGCCGUCGUCCUUCUCGUCGUCCGUGGGUGCACAGCCCAAUGCGAACUACCACCAGCACCGCUACCAGGACUAUCGCCAGUCCUUCCGCGUGGUCACUGCCACCAACGUCGGCUCGGGCCACAUUCGUCGCUCCUCGGCCAACAAUGCUGGCGGCUACUCGUCCAACAGCCCCGUCAACCUCGCAGGCGGGCUCAAUCUGCUCCAGUCGUCGUCGGCCAAGCAGAGCGGGCCCAAGAACAAGCGCCGCUCCUCGGCAGCUGCCGUAGCAACCACCACGGCAACCACCAAGCCGAGUGCCAGUCCCAAGCUGGGUGGCUCAGCUGCGCUUCCCACCGCCACAACGCCUUCGACCUCAACCCAGGCUUCUGCAUCCACUAACCCGAGCACCGCCGCGCUGCCGUCCUCGACGGUUGACCUGCAGCAUGUCGCAUCGCCGCCGACCUCGCCUAGGCUCGACUCGGGGGCUGCCACGCCGGUCUCUGCUUCGGCUGCAAAUGAAAAGCCCUCGGCACGCCGCAACAGCUCGUCGACCGUCAAUGCGGCUGCGCAGCGGUCUGCGUCUGCGGCAGCCGCGAGCGCUUCGUCGCCCAACUCGCCCCAUCCCGAUGGACGCUCGAGUGGCUUCCUGGCGAUGCCCGCCACCGCGCUCGUCAUCGGCCCGGGCGUGCAGGGCCAGGUGGGGCGCAAUCCGAACAGCGUCAAUGCGCCCAUCGGCUCGCUCGGCGGACCCGAGAUCACCAGCACCGAGUACGGCAAUGCGCGAGGCUUUGUCGGCUUCACCUCGGCCGGUGGAGGCGAGCUCAGGGCUAAGCCAAGACGCCGACCGAGCAAGCAGAAUAGCCAGGAGUUCAAUUCGGCUGCUGCGGCGGAUGCAGCUGAGAAGCGCGCGGCCCUUGCACGUCGGGCGUCGAACGAGGCGGGUCAGAACGGCAACGAAGCGCCCAAACGACCGGUCAAGGAGAGACAGGCAUCGUCGAGCAGUCGUGUGGGCAAGACGGAGCUACCGACCCCACCUGUGCUGCCGCCCAUCCAGAACCUCGCGCCGUUCCCAGAGAUGAUCGAGGCGAGCGAAAGGCCGAGGCGCGAGCGCGACCUACCGCCCAUGCCCACCGCUGCGGACGAGGCCGAGAACGGUGCGUCGAUGGUGGCGGUGAGUGCGCCCACCGAGUCGCGUCCGCCGCGGCUGUCGUUCCUGCGCAAGUUCAGCAGCGCCACCAACACCAGUCGCAACACGGACAGCGGGCAGGAUUCACCCGGGGCGGAGCCGCGCGGACUCGGCCUGGGCUCGUACCGCGCAUCGCACGUCACCAGCACGCCGAUCGACGAGAUGGACGCCGCAAUCAAGCCCGCCCUCGACGGCGAGGCGCAGAACAACAGCCUCACGAGGGCCGAGCGCAGGUACCUCGAGGUGCAAAAGGCGCUCGCUGACGAGAGAGACAAGCAGGCCGAGGCGGAGAAGCUGCGUGCGGGAGAGAUCCGCGCACAGCACGAACGCAAGCAGAAGGAAAGAGAGAAGAAGGAGGCCGAGGCAAAGAAGCGCGCCGAGGAGCAGAAGUGGCAGAUGUGGGAGGAGGUCAGGCGCAGACAGAAGACCGCCGAUACCGCCAAACCCGUGCCGCCGGGCAUUCAGAGGCUGUAUAGCGGCGCUACCGCCGACUCGAACGGCUCGAAGGACAAGAGUGCAGCCCAGCCAGUGCAAGCAACGAGGCCAGGCGGGUCGCGCGCUCGCGCUGCCUCGACCGAGCAUGCUGCGGCGGCGGAAAGCAACGUGCGCUCGGCAGGCACGAACGGUGCGGCGGGAGCAGCUUCAACCCCUUGUGCAGCGGGUGCGGGCACGGCGGGCGAUAGCAGCUCAAACGGCGCUUCCGGUCCGCGCAUCGAGCUGGGGCUGGAGCGCAUCACGCGGCUGCUCGCACGUCUCGGCUCGCCGCAUACGCGCUUCCCCGUGAUCCACGUGGCGGGGACCAACGGCAAGGGCAGCACCAUCGCGUACCUGGACGCGGUGCUGCGCAACGCGCUCGACAUCCGCACGGGCACCUUUGUCAGCCCGCACCUGAUCGAGCGCCGCGACUGCUGCAAGGUCAACGGCGCGGUGGUGUCGAAGCCGAUCUGGCGGCUGGCGCAGUCCGACGUGCUAUCUGCCGACCAGGGGCUUGACAUCCCCGCGUCCGAGGAUGAUGACGGGCAGCCACUCAAGUCGUCGCCAUUUGAGCUGCUCACGGCGCAGACGUUCCAGGCGUUUGCAUUGUUGCCCGAGCACGAGCGGCCCGAGGUGCUGUUGAUCGAGGUCGGGCUGGGCGGGAGGCUGGAUGCGACGAACGUGUUUGGGCGCGACCAGGUGCUGGCGAGUGUGAUUUGUCCGAUCGACCGCGACCACGAGGCGUUCCUGGGCAGCGAGCUCGCGGGCAUUGCGCGCGAGAAAGCGGGCAUCGUCAAGGAUUCCGGGCUCUGCAUUAUCGCCGAUCAACGCUUGGAAGACGUGGGUGCGGUGGAUCAGCUUGCGCUUGGGCCGGUGGAGAACGAAUCGAAGCAGCUGGGUUCGCGGGCGGCGGGGAUCUUGGAUGCGGUGCGCAAUGUGUGCAUUGCGCGCGGGGCUCGGCUCGUCAAGACGUACAUUCCGUGGAAGCUGUUGACUCUCCCUCCUACGCGGCAGUCGCGCUGGGGAGCGGCGGUGGACUUUACACCUCGCUUGGGGCCGACGCUGUUUCUGUCGACGAGCGGGAUGAAUCCGCGGGGGACGUUUGUGGCGCAUCCGCACGAUCCGGUGCUCUACUCGGUGGCGGUGGGGAUCGAGCGCACGCGUGCCAAUUUGACGGGCGUGUGCAUGGCGGUUCAGACGCUCUCGUCGAUCGCGCGCGACGAGGUGGAGGAUGGGUGGGGCGAGCUGCGCAUGCGCAUCAUGUGGGGGCUGCGCGACGAUGCCGAAGCCAACGUGCGGCUGCGCGAGGCGCUCAAUGCAGUCCACUGGGCAGGCCGCUGUUCUUGGCACAUCCUCGGUGGGGUUGACGUGCUGGUGGAUGGGGCGCACAAUGCCGCGUCGGCACUCGCGCUGAGGGAGUACAUUGAUGCAUGCCUCGCCGCACGUGCAUUGUCUGCGCCAGCAGGCAAGGGCAAGGCAAAGACAGAAGCGCAGUUCGAGGUGACGUACGUGCUGGCGUUUAGCGAGGGCAAGGACUACGAGGCCAUGGUGCGGGCACUGCUCGAGCAGCCAUCGGACCGCGUCGAGCGCAACAAUGUAGCCCUGACUACGUUCAGUCCGCCCGAGGGCAUGCCGUGGGUGCGCAGCGUGGAACUCGACGACGCGCUUCGUACGCUCAAGAGCGUGGCGCGCACAGUGGACGUGGGCGAGAUCCGCACCUUCCCCGCCAUCGCAGGUGCGCUCGAGUGGGCCGAGGGCAAGAGCGCAGGCAAAGGCGCCGUUGUGGUGGCGGGCAGUCUGUACCUCGUGGCGGACAUGUACAGGCUGCUGCAGCAGCGCGGAUUGUACUCGCCCUAG